AUGGCCAAUGACUCUACAUACAUUUUCUACCACUACAACCCGUCGGCAGUUGCGGCGAUCUUUUUCGUUGUCCUCUUCGGAUUAACCACCUCGGUGCACAUUUUCCAAAUGAUCCGGAAUCGAUCAUGGUUCUUCAUUCCUUUCAUUAUCGGAGGAAUCUUCGAAACUAUCGGCUAUAUCGGUCGCUAUCUUAGCUCACAAGAGACCCCCAAUUGGACAACAAUUCCAUAUGUCAUACAAUCAGUCCUGCUUCUCCUCGCACCAGCAUUCUUCGCCGCCUCUAUCUAUAUGAUCCUAGGCCGCUCAAUCAUCUCUACCAGCCAUGAUUCGCUCUCUAUCAUUCGAGUCAAAUGGCUGACCAAAAUCUUUGUCUGCGGAGACGUUAUCUCAUUCCUCGCUCAGAGCGCUGGCGGUGGUUUCCUCUCUUCCGCAAAGACCCAAUCUAAGAUUACCACCGGACAAAACAUUAUUAUUGUCGGUCUUUUUAUCCAAAUCGCCUUCUUUGGAUUCUUCGUUGUUACUGCAGGCGUGUUCCAUUACCGGCUUAGGAAGUGCUGGGAUUGCAUUUCUAUGUCUACUAUUACGGUGCCGUGGGUGAAGUGCCUAUUUAUCCUAUAUAUAGCUAGUCUAUUUAUUAUGAUUCGGUCUAUCUUCCGUGCCGUUGAGUAUAUUACUGGUACGGAUGGUCCGCUCAUGUCGACGGAAGUAUACCUUUACGUGUUUGAAGCUACUCUGAUGUUCUUGACUAUGAUCACCUUCAACAUCUUUCCUCCAAAGACAUUGUUGACUCCCCGGUUGGCUAUGUGUGACACUGAGUCUCGGGCCAGUGGCACAGAACUAUGUGAUGAAACCAGGCCGCAUUGCAACAACUGCCUCAGACAUGGAGUCCAAUGUUUCUUCGGCGAGGGCGUCCCAGCCCCUAGGCCAUCGGUAUCACCUGCAACCCUCGGCACUUCCGGCGCCCCAAGUCCCGCUUCCUCAGGGGAGAACACCUCAAUGGGCAUGACCGAGAUGGCUCUACUCCAUCACUUCUCUACAUCAACCUGCUAUACAUUUUCACGCAAUCCAGUUUUACAAACUGUAUGGCAAAUCCGGAUUCCGCAAGUCAGCUUCUCAUCGCCAUUCGUAUUCCGCGCCAUUAUCGCACUUUCUGCGCUGCAUCUGGCUCAUAUAAAGCCCGAAUUCCACGACUAUUAUAUCUCCCAAGCAGAGCUCUAUCAUAACACCGCCUUACAGAUGGUGUCCGCUAUCCUCCCAGAUAUCGAUAAAGAAAACUGCCAAAACAUUUACGUCUUCUCUAUUCUGACUUGCAUUAUCUCCUUUGCCAAACUACACACCAGACACGGUUUUUGGGCAAAUAGUGAUCGAGACAUCGAGUGGUUGACCCUAUUUCGUGGCACAGUACAUAUCUUGGCAUCAGCAGACGACUCCCUUAGAACGGGACCGCUAGCACCAAUGUUUCAGAUGGGCGAUCGAAGGAAACUAGCUCGGGAUACACGGUCUACCAUUACCACGCCGCCAUUUCUUCUCGUCUUGAAAAAGCUCUUACAGGAUACGGUUCAGGAUCCUAAUGAACUACAGUGUUAUCACGGCGCAAUUGAUGAUUUGGCACUCUCGUUUGCCACACUCGAUAUUGGAUCCCAUGAUUGCGAGACUGCUGAUAUAUUUAUCUGGCUGUGGACGGUUUCGGAUCAGUACUAUGGAUACUUCCAGCAGCGCAAGCCUGAGGCAAUGGUAAUUUUUGCCUAUUUCUGCGUUGUCACAAAAGAGAUGGAAUGGGCUUGGUGGAUGCAGGGGGUCAGUGCUCAUACCAUUAGUCGUAUAUAUUAUCUUUUGGAUGAGGAGCGUCGUUGCUGGUUGCAGUGGCCUAUGCAACAGGUGGGAUGGGGUCCGUAA